CUGAUAUGAACAAUGUUGAUGUGGACAAAGCUAAUGCUAAUGAAGCUAAUGCGGAUGAAGCUGAUGUGAAUAAAGCUAUUGUAGCCAAAGCUAAUACAGACAUAAUUGAGGAUGAAGCUACUGUGAACAAUGUUGAUGUGAACAAUGAAGCUGAUAUAGAUAAAGUUG